AUGUCCCAAGCAUACCAGCAGCUCCCUGUUGACAACACAACUACUGAAUUACAGACUAUCAUAACUUACAGGGGCGCCUUCAGAUGCAAGCAUCUCCAAUUUGGGGUCAAUGUGGCCCCAGGAAUUUUUCAGUCAUUAAUGGAGAGGUUAUUUCAAGGGUUACCUGGAGUAAUACCUUAUUUUGAUGACAUAUUAAUUUCUGCCUCUGACAAACCUCAACUAAUGCAAAGAGUUCAAAGGGUUCUCAAUUGUUUCAGAAAAGCAGGCCUCAAAUUGAAGAAGGAGAAGUGCACUAUUGCCACACCACAAGUAGAAUUUCUGGGCUACAAAAUUGACUCCUCUGGCAUCCACCCAAUAGAAUCCGAGGCUUCUGUAACAGAGCCACUUCAUAGAUUCUUAGACAAACAUGCCACUUGGCAUUGGGGCCCUAAAGAAGCCUUCGCUUUCAAGGCUGUCAAAUCAUUACUAACUUCAGAUUCUGUCUUGGUCCAGUUUAACAAGGACCUCUCUCUAGUCCUGGUGUCAGAUGCUUCACCUUUUGGCAUUGGCGUUGUAUUAAGACACAGGCUGUCCAAUGGCUAUGAGGCACCAAUUGCCUUUUUCUCAAGGACAUUUUCUCAAGCCGAAAGUGGCCCUCUGGAUGGUUAUGAUGCCUCGAGCCCAUCAUCGCCUGAAGCAAGUCGCCACGGACCCAAUGAUAAUGCCCAGGCAGUCAACCACACCACCGGAGGUCGAGGUUCCCAUGCCACCCGCACCAGAGACUCCACACCCAGCAGAAGAUCCUCACACUUUGGCAGCCCAAGCAGAACUGAGAAGAUCUGGCCAUCUGUGCAGGCACCCAGCAUACCUAAAGAACUACACAUGUUCCGUUCUGGGAGAAAGGAAGUUCAAAGUCCUCAUGAUCCCUAUCAUAUAUACUAUCAGCCAGGUGAUGUCAUCAUGGGUGGCAUUGUCACUCUAGCUGCUUUCCUGCGUGCUACCCUAAAGUUCAGAGAAGUACCACCACCACCAUUGCCUGAAGAGCUUUUAUUAGUACCUAAAUACUACCAAAAUAUUGUGGCCCUGGUAUUUGCAGUCAAGAAGAUCAAUAAAAACCCAGAGAUCUUACCCAAUAUCACUCUUGGUUUCAACAUCUAUGACAGUCAUUUCAGUGCACAGAAAACAUACCAUGCCACAAUGUUACUGAUUUACAGCAUGAAAAACUUUUUUCCUAAUUAUAUCUGUGGUAUCCAGAAUCAUCUGACUUCAGUGAUUGGGGGACUAGACACCAAAACUUCCAUUGAUAUUGCUAAUCUCUUGGAUAUCUAUAAGACCCCACAGAUGAGCCCACUGGAAAGACUUCAAUAUGAAGGGAUUCUGUCUCUGCUUCUCCAUUUCAGAUGGUCAUGGGUUGGGAUAGUUGUGAUGGCCAAUGAUAAUGGAGAAAGGAUUAUAGAAAAGAUUGUUCCAUUAUUGUCCCAACACAACAUCUGCUUUUCAUAUAUAGGGAGACUCAGUGAAUUAACAACUCCUAAUGAAAUAUAUGACUUGUUCAAUGAAGGUGCAGAAAUACAUGAUAAAAUUAUGGAUAGCAAUGCUAAUGUUCUGAUAUUUUAUGGAGAGUCUGAUAUUAUGGUAAGAGUGAGAUGGCUAGCAUAUUUAUCAAGAAAAAGCACAGCAGAUAUUGUCAAAGGUAAAGUGUGGAUAUUAACAGCACAAAUGGACCUCAAUUCACAUGUAUAUCAAAAAAAUUGGGAUACUGACACGAUGAAUGGUGCUCUAUCCUUCACUAUUCAUGCCAAUGACCCACCAGGAUUCCAGACAUUUUCUGAAAGUAGACAUCCUUCCAUGACAGAAGAUGGAUUUAUCAAGGAUUUUUGGCAGCAAUCCUUUAUUUGUGCAUUCAAAACUUCAAAUAUAGGUGAAGUAGUUGGUGAUAUUUGCACAGGAGAAGAGAAAUUGGAAGAUCUUCCUGUAACUUUUUUUGAAAAGAGUAUGACUGGACUUAGCUACAGUAUUUAUAAUUCUGUCUAUGCAGUUGCCCAUGCCUUGCAUGCCCUGAUUUCAUCCAGAUUUGCCCGGCGGCCAGGGGCAAAUAAUGUGAAGUUGGUGAUUCAGAAUCAGGAUUCAUGGCAGUUGCACACCUUUUUAAAAGGCCUCUCAUUUAAUAAUUGUGCUGGGAAUCUGAUUUCUAUUGACUACAAUGGAGAGUUAAUAGCUGGAUACGAUAUACUGAACUGGAUUGUUUCUUCUAAUGAAACUUUCAUUAGCGUUAAAGUUGGGAGGGUAAACCCUGAAGCUUCAGACCAAAUAUUCACCAUAAAUGAAGAUGUAAUAACCUGGCACCAUUGGUUUAACCAGUCCCAGCCUGUUUCAUUAUGCACUGGGAGUUGCAAUCCUGGUUCCAGCAAGAAAAUGAAGGAAGGGCAGCCCUUUUGUUGCUAUGACUGCAUUCCAUGCCCACAUGGGAAGAUUUCAGAAAAUGAGGAUACAAACGAUUGUUACUUGUGUCCAGAAGGAAGCUAUCCAAACAACAAUCAGGAUUCCUGUAUUCCUAAAACUUCAACAUUUUUGUCUUAUGAGGAACCUUUGGGAAUCAGUUUGGUUUUCUUUGUUAUUUUGUUUUCUUUGCUCUUGGUGAUGGUGCUUGCAAUAUUUGUAAAGAACCACAAUUCUCCUAUCAUCAUUGCCAAUAACCGAGAUCUCACUUACAUUCUCCUCAUCUCCCUCCUGCUCUGUUUCCUUUCUGCAUUCCUAUUCAUUGGUCAUCCUGAGAAGGUGGUAUGUCUCCUGCAACAAGCAACUUUUGGGAUUGUCUUUGCAAUGGCAGUUUCUUCAGUGUUGGCAAAAACUGUCACGGUGGUUCUAGCUUUCCAGGCCACCAAGCCAGGAUCCAAGAUGAGAAUGCUUGUGGGAAAGAGACUGUCCAACUCCAUUGUCAUUUCUUGUUCUCUUAUUCAAAUAGGUAUUUGCAUGAUAUGGAUAACAACUUCACCCCCUUUCCCAGAAAAAGAUAUGGAUUCAGUAGUUGAAGAAAUUAUUCUGCAGUGCAAUCAAGGCUCUGUGACUAUGUUCUACAGUGUCCUAAGCUAUUUGGGCUUCUUGGCUGUUAUUAGUUUCAUAGUUGCCUUCAUGGCCAGGAAAUUACCUGAUACAUUCAAUGAGGCCAAAUUCAUCACUUUCAGCAUGUUGCUCUUCUGCAGUGUUUGGAUAUCUUUUGUCCCAACCUAUUUGAGCACCAAGGGGAAGUACAUGGUGGCAGUGGAGAUAUUUUCCAUCUUAGCAUCUAGUGCUGGUUUGCUGGGCUGCAUCUUUCUUCCCAAAUGUUAUAUAAUUGUUUUAAGGCCUGAUUUGAACAACAGGGAAAAUUUAAUGAAGAGAAAACAAUUCUGA